GUUGACGCUGAAUGUCGAAGUUCACAGGGCAGACAGAGGUCGUGUUGUGCUUGUAGCCUCAUAGUUGUAUUAGCUGUUUCACAGUAAUGUAAUGGCUCUUUUAGGCUUCUUCAUGAGGAGGCAGUUGCCACAGGCUCUGUCGCACUUUGUCCGUGCUGUAAGGUUAUCUCGGCUCCCGUCCACCUCCGCUCCGGUGCGGAGGCUCCACGGCCCGGCCCGGCUGAGACAGGGAGACAAGGGACCGUGGAACCGGAGCCGCACUCCCGAGCAGCACUACCAGCUCACCGACCUGGACAAAGCAGACGCGCUGAUGUUAAGGAAGUCACACGAGACAGGAUUUCUCUCAUGGUUUCGGAACGGGCUUUUGGCUACUGGAAUUGGAGUCAUAGCUUUUGUCCAAAGUGAAGUUGGGCGAGAGGCUGGAUAUGCCUUCUUCAUCCUGGGAGGAGUGUGUGUGUCGUUCGGCGGCGCCUCGUACCUUGGCAGCUUGUUUGUCUUGCGGAGGAUGAUGCUCCUGUCUGUGCCAGCUCUCUUGCUACAGGGUGCAGUAGUGAGCAGUGUGGCCCUCUUCUGGUUGUGCGCGGUAUCCCUGUAUAUUGGAAGACUGGAGGUGGAAAUCAUUCACGAGGAUGAUGAGGAGGAGUGCAGGGAGUGUCGGGAGAGACGGGAGCAGAGAGGUUACCGGGACAACCGGAGUCUAGAGACUGAUGACAGUGACAGCAAAGGGCCAGACAAAUAGAGCUGUGCUUUGGAUGCUGUGUGCAUUACUGAUGGCUAGAGUAUCUUAAAGUAUGCAUGGGCUGACAAUGCUGACAUUCCAGGAACAUCUUUCCAACUCCAACAAAAGGAUAAAAAACUGUAAAUAAAAUCAUUUUAGUGUCUGUGUCAAGGAAAAGACUGGAUAAUUUAAACCUGUUCAAUACAGUAAAUAAAAUACGGUAUGUAUUUCCAAAAUCCAAAUAUUUUAUUAUAAUUCUUGUUUUGGGUGAUUAAAGUUAAGUUUUGUUUCAGCUAAUUGUAAAGCACUGUGUCCCAUUCAAUAAAAUAGCAGUUUAAUAGUUUCAAUACAGUGAAAAUUCAAUUUUUGUAAAUCUGUCAAAUCCUUGCACAUUCCUGGAUCCAUGCACAGACUUAACCCCUCAUUAGAUGGCACCAAUGAGAAAGAUGUUUCUGAAUUGUCAGCAUGUAUAUCCUGGACUGUGCGUGCGCAUCUGCAACGAUGUGUCACUGUUUAAAUGGGAUUGUUUGGCUCAGAAAGUCAGAUGUCUUCUUACAAACAUAUUUUCAAAGCUGCUUAAUUUAAGUGAAUUAUUUUUAAAGCUUUACGUUCUUUUCUCUCACUGAAAACAUGUUUACAGUUUAAGGCACUGUAUGCCCACAUGCUAGUGAGUGGUGGAUGGUUGGCCUAUGAUUUUCUGUUCACUGUUGUAUAAAUGUGACUACUUGAAGUUUUAUAGAAAGAGGUUGGUAAAUGGCUGAAGUCUUCAAUUGUUCAAUACCUGUAUAUGGAUGUUCUGGGCUCAGUCACCCAUUAAGGGCUGAUGGACAUUCAUCAGUGAAACAUUUUAUACAUUACAUUGCUUUUGGCAAUACCACUUUUUAGUAUUUUUAGAAAAAUAUCAGGUGGGUUAUUUCUUUUGGUUUGGAUAUCAUAAUUUCAGAUGGAGAGCAGGGGCAUAUAUAACUGUCUGGGAGAUGAUAAAUAUCCAGCCUAUGAUCCACAAAUCUUGUCAUUAUUUGCUGGAGAUGGGGUCCACAAAUUUAUCAUAUUAACCUAAUGGUUUAAAGUUCUUUCAACUGCCAACAAUCAUGAAUUUGGGGUUGAAAAAUUGCACCUUUGUGAAAAAAUAAUAUUGUUUAGUAAUGCAGACAGAGACCUCAUUGAACUUUGUGCCAGUUUUUUAUGUGGCUAGACCCAGUGAUAAUGACCAUAAACCAAGUUGACAAAUCUGCAAUCUGACAGUUAAACAGCAAAUUCCACCAUAGAAUUCUGACCUGUCUCCAGCUAAAUAAUAGGCUUUCUGGAGGUUUGUGAUGUUGUGAACACAAUUUUUAUGCAUCCUUCCUGCAUAUAAUAAAAUUGAUUACUCAAAAUGUUGUUUUUUCACUAAGAUUGUAGUGUACUUGUACAUUAGGGAAGAUUCUGUAGAGUCUAUUCCCUUUCAGGUGUAUUUUUGGAUUGUGCUAAAAGUGUAGGAGCUGUCAAAGUAAGCAGCUCCUCGUGCUGCAGGGAUUCAAGAGCGGCAUGGACUGUCCAGCCGCACGUUGUACAUGCAUAAUUUUUAUAAUGAGGCCCUGGUCUGGAGCAUAAAUAUGUGGGCUGAGGAAUGCGCACUGAUGCUGUGUCUUGUGUGUGUGUGCGCACGUUCAGGGGUGAUGGGGGCUGUGUCUGCGAUAACUAUCUGACUGGUUUAGGCCGAAGGUCUGUGAUAUCUCACAGUCAUCGACACACGGUGUUGCUGUUGAGGCUCACCUCGGACUCACCCGGGCUCCCCUUGUCUCCUCCCUCAUCACCUCUGUCUGUCGAGUUUUCAAUGCACUUUCUCAUGCAGGGUGUGUGUGGACGGACGACCGCUGCAGUGUGACCGCUCCCCAGCCCAGAGCCUCUCCUCUCCCUCAGAUCUCCUUCUACCCUUUGGCCUCCAGUUGGCUCUGCUCUCAGGACUCCUCCUCACGUUCGCUCUCCUCUGCUCGCUGCACAGGUCUGUUUGGCAUGCAGCAGACUCUCGAGGCCUGGCGCGUCUAAAGGGCAGGGCGCCCACAGACUGGAGACGCGCCCUUACUGACAAACAUCUAGGCGAUAGCUCCACCUCACACAAGCCAAGUAACUAUCCAUGCAAACCGACCACCAGUCCACACUAAGCACCAGUCCACACUGAGCACCAGUCCACACUGAGCACCAAUCUGCACACACUGUGGCAGCUGCCCCUGGAGCCCUGUGUCUGCCCUGUCUUCACCUCCAGACGGGAACAUCACCUUCUGUUUGGAGGCGUGUUCCUCAUCUGCUCUCAGGUGUUAAAUGCCAUGCAUACGGAUCAAAGAUCUUCCUUCAGGAAUGCAUUACUGAGUUAGAAUGGAUAGUCUCUCCACUGGCUCUGAGAACAGUGGAGAUUGUUUAGAUGUGAAAAGUGAAAAGACGCUAAGAAGAAGGAGUGGGGGGAAUAUACGUGUGUAUGUGGAAGUUUUCUGGUGUCUACCUCCAUCCUUCACUCUUUUAUUCCUACCCAUAUUUUUACUCUUUCAAAUGCAUUUACAUGUGCUAAGAUAUUUCCCCCGGGAGCUUGACUCCAAUUCAGGGGGUAAGAUAAGCCAUCAAAGUCAGUGACAGAGAGGGCGCACGGGUUAUUCAAUGACAGGCGAAGAAGACGACAGUCAGGAGAGUUGUGUUGACUUGUGCGCUCACUCACACACACCCCCACACACACCCCCACACACCCACACACACACACACAAAUGCAGUGUCUAUUCUGUGUUCAGGUUGUUGUACCUCUGUUUGGUGUAGAGCUCCCUCACUGGAAGAGGAGCACAGAGAGGAAGCCAGAGCUUAUUUGGCACCUUGUUCUCAGCACACACUCACUUAUACAGUACAUACGCUCCUGCACGUACAAUGGCAUUUUCUCCCCAACAACUGCUCUUGUUUAGUAUGCACUUCCUUUGGUCUUGAGGAGGAAUGAUCCUCACUCUAAUGAACUAGGGCCUGCCACUUGAAUGUAAAACAGGAUUUAACCCGUCUUCAAUGUCAGAGCCCCUCCCUGGGGCUCCUUCAGACAACACACACAAACCAAUGUACAUACGCACACAUGCGGCUCAUAUAGUCCCAUGUAAGUGAGACACUCAUAUGCACACAGCUCUGUCUUUAGUUUGAAUCUAUUAACAGACAAAGACUUUGGUGAAUUCAAUACCCUUAAAAACUUUCUGAUUUUCCAAGCUCAGUAUCUACAAUGAAUACUUGUGUUCUGGACAGUUCUAUUAAAAGGACAUGUUUUAAAGUGUAAAAUACACCAGGCAACAUUGAGCAAUAUGUUUGUUUUAUGCAAACAACUUACACAAUUAAAAUGUAUAAUUGAUCCAUUCAAAGUAAAUAAUUUCAUUAAGUAAACUAUAUUGAUCACCCAGCACACAAAGAGACGCAAGUAAAACAAAAGAACUCUGUGCCUUGUGCUCCUCUACAGGAAUAUUUUAUUGUUAUUUUAUUUGUAUCACUGUUUUCUUUUUACAUUUGUCCAUUUUAUUUGAUGACAGUAUUCACACUCAUUGGAAGAUAAUGUUAGGUUCACAGUGAUGGUUAAGAAUUAGCUAUUUAAUUCAACAGGACACAGCAUAAACGCGGGCGCUCAUAGACAUGUCCCAUUCACUCCCUCUGUACAGGCGUGUGGUCAGAACUAGUUUCUCUUUCUUUACAGACAUUAGACAAACAGGUUUUCAGUUCACACCUUAUAAUGUCCAUACUAAAACCAUACUGUCAAAGUGACUAUUUUAAAAUAGACCUAGAGCAGAGUGGGAUCAGGUGGGUCUGAAAAACUUACUCAAGGUUUUUCAUUCAAAAGUGCCACAGAGUAACUAUUCAAUGCAUUAAAACAAUGACAAAAUGUUACUGCUAAUAUUACAGAUCAUUUUAAAUGUUACGUUUCUGUAGAUGUGCAUCUACACUGUUGCUGUAAAGUGAAAACAAUUUCAAAUGAAAAGAACACAUCUAAAUACAAUUUAGAAUAUUUUCUGUCCAAAUUUGCAUUUAUUUCCAGGAGACUGACAUGAUCAGAAUCCCUCAAAAUAAUUGUCAACAUUUUUGACCUCUGAUGGUCACUACAUUAUGACUGCAUGUUUAUUUUUUUUGUUUGUUUUUGCUUUUUUACAUAAAUGACCACAUCUCCCUAUGUCCUCUGUAUUAGCAGUGGUCAGAUUAUUUCAGUUUAAGCAGGGUCAUAUCCAGUGUGUUCAAGUUCUGAAGUGCUUUUAGUUCAUCAUAAUAACACAACAUAUUUUAGUAAGUGCUCGGAAAAACACAGCUUUAAAAUCAUAUCAAACUCUGU